AUGCCAAACCGACAUUCGACCGUGCCCAACCUCGACCUGAGCUCGGUCAAGACGGAGUCCAAAAAUGAGAAGAUCUCAUCCCCUCUCACACCAGGUGACCAGAGUUCCGACGGACUGAGUCCCUUGACACCGCGUUCGCCCAAGUCAGGAUCAAGUUCACCGUUGUUCAAAGGCGCCACGAUUCGCCCUGUGACGCAAGAUUCAGGCAAGGCAACCAGCCCUACGCUGCCCGUUUCUCCUGGCACAGCCCCCGCCGAGCCUACAACACCCGGUCUGACUGCCAUUCCUCAAUACUUUCCCUCUCCCAAAGACUCGAAACAUUCGCGCGAUGCAUCCAAAUCAUUCUUCGGCAACCUCAAAGCACCGAAAUCGUCGCACAGGGCGCAACAGUCUGACAGCUCCGAGAACUCAAACUCCACUGAGCACCCUAAGAGCAGAGGAAGUUCUAGAGAUCGCAAAACUCAGGUGACUGCCAAGUCAUACGAGUCAACACCGGAUCUACCAGGCGCACUCGCUCGUGCGAACGCAACAGAAAAGACAAACGGGACAUCCACAACCAAGAGUUCACAGCCAGCAGAAAUGAAGAAGACGGGUACAGAUUUGGAGUCGGCCGCGCCGAAGAAGCAAAAGCAGCGCUUCGCGAACCUUUUGACCCGCUCUCGCUCUAUCCGAGUUGACGAAGCCGCUGGCAACAGAGCACCUGGGCGACGUCCGUCAACAGGUUUGGCCAAGCUGGAAGAGUUCAACCAAGGCGAGACGGUAAAUCCACCCCGCACAGCUACUGCGCGCGCCGAACGACCUAGUCGAGGAGGCCUGCAACCGCCUGAGCGCCAGGCCGACAUGAUCUCUUUGCGCAAGGAAAGGAGUCAUGGGAACAUGGUUGCCUCUGGCUCAUUGAGCCAAGUGUCCGGCGCCUCAGCUACUCUCUUCAGCAACCUCAAGCAGUCUUCCAGUGGUGCCGCAGACCGUAUUGGAAAGGCAGGGAAGGGCUUCUUUGGCAAGAUCACCCGCAGUGGUAGCACGAACGAGCGCGAAAUGAUCAACGACGACGCAUAUAUGUGCUCAGUCAUCAACCUUCCGCUCAUUGAGCAGGCGAGAAAAACUCGCAUUGCGAAGAAGCUCGAAGACUGCCGGGACAAGACCGAGUUCUGGAUGCCCGCUUUGCCUUACCGCUCCAUUGACUAUCUGAACUUCAAGGGAUGCGAAGAAGAGGGGCUUUACCGUGUUCCUGGCAGCGGCAGAGAAGUGAAGCAUUGGCAACGCCGUUUCGACACAGAAUUCGACAUUGAUCUUUUCGAAGUGCCUGAUCUCUACGACAUCAAUACCAUUGGUUCACUCUUCAAGGCUUGGCUUCGUGAGCUGCCAGAUGAGCUCUUCCCGAAGUCGACUCAAAACAUGAUCGCUCAAAAAUGCGAAGGCGCUACUUCUGCACCGCAACUAUUGAAAGAUGAACUUUCCAAACUCCCACCCUACCACUACUAUCUUCUCUUCGCCAUCACCUGUCACCUCAACCUUCUCCACUCUUAUGUCGAUCAGAACAAGAUGGACUACCGCAACCUAUGCAUUUGUUUCCAGCCCUGCAUGAAAAUCGAUGCAUUCUGCUUCCAAUUCUUGGUCUGUGAUUGGAAGAACUGCUGGCAAGGAUGCUGGACCGAGAAAGAGUACCUCGAGAAGGAAAAGGAGAUGGACGAGCGGGAACAACGGGCAUCAGAGGAGCAGGAAGGCGCUCAGUCCAAAGAGGAAGUCGCUUCCAACAUUAGCCACGAACGAGCCAUCUCAUCCUCCAGCAGCGCCGGAGACGAGCCCCCUCGUCCGCCAACCUCUCGAAGCCGAAAGUCUCGACCCAAGGACAUCCAGACGUCCCACACCCGCAGCGUAUCCCAGCUCCCCGAGCUUGGCCCUCCACUCUCUCCCAUCAAAAUAUAA